UCUUCUAAGCUAUAGCCAUGGCAGCUGCUGCCCUCUCUCCCUUUAAACUAUUAACCCACUGCUAAACACCCUCUCUCCAAGUUUCUAACUUUUAACCCACAUUUUCUUUCCUUGUUCUAUUAUAUAUAUUUAUCUUCAUCAUCAGACAUAUAUACGUGUGUUGCGUGAAUGCUCAUUACAUAUUUUCACACCAUAGGAGAGGAAGAUAUUAUAUCAAGCUAGAACAUCUCCCUUUUACAUCAACUAAGUAAAGCAUGCAAAUUCCCACAGAGAGGAAAACAGGCGUCUACACAUACAUAGGUCAAUGGCCAAUUUACUCCGUGGCAUGGUCCGUCCGCAACGACAAAAGAUCUCGCCUUGCCAUUGGCAGUUUCCUCGAAGACUACAGCAACAAGGUGGAACUGGUUCAGUUCAAUCUCUACACAUCCGAUUUCACGACUGACAAUCGGUUAGUUUUCGAUCACCCUUACGCUCCCACCAACCUAAUGUUCUUUCCGUCCGAGGAUACCUCUAAUCCCGAUAUGAUUGCCACGUCCGGCGACUACCUUCGUCUUUGGGAAAUCCACGACGAUCACAUUGAGCUUAAGUCCUUGCUUAAUGGCAACAAGAGCAGCGAAUUCAAUUCCGCCAUAACUUCUUUCGAUUGGGCUGAUUUCGACACUCGCCGUGUGGCCACCUCCAGUGUCGACACUACUUGUACCAUUUGGGACAUUGAGAGGGAGGCUGUAGACACUCAAUUAGUUGCGCACGACAAGGAAGUGUUCGACAUUUCGUGGGGCGGGUUCAAUGUGUUUGCAUCCGUGUCUGGAGACGGGUCUGUAAGAGUUUUCGACUUGCGAGACAAAGAACGAUCGACAAUAAUUUACGAAAACCCGAUCCCCGAAACUCCAUUGCUGAGGGUAGAAUGGAACAAGGCAGACCCUAGGUUCAUGGCUACAGUAGGGAUGGAUAGCAAUAAAAUUGUGAUAGUUGACAUCCGAUUUCCGACAACACCAUUGAUGGAAUUAUGCAGGCAUAAAGGGAGUGUUAACGCUAUUUCAUGGGCACCAUUGAUGGGAAAACAGCUUUGUUCGGCUGGAGAUGAUUCGAGGGCUCUAAUAUGGGAGGUGGUGGGCUCUAAUUAUCGAGCAGAAAAUGGAGUUGUAGUGAUGGAACCAGAGAUGUGGUAUGGAUCAGCAGCUGAGAUCAAUCAUGCUCGAUGGUCUCCAAUUGAGUUGGAUUGGAUUGCUAUAGUUUUUCUCAACAAAUUGCAGCUGUUGAAAGUUUAAGAAAAUUUUUGACUUCUAAUAACAAUAGUUUCAAGUUAGCCAGCCAUGUUAAUUAAAAGUCCUAUAUAUGUUUCAUUACUAAAAAUAAUUUCUUAUAUAUGAGAUUGGAAAA